AUGGCGGAGAACAACUACGAGCAAUGGCAAGGGCGAACAAAGGUUGGAAAAGAGUUGCGCGCGUCAAAGAUUGCCCUCAUUGUCAUCAGCAUGCUCUUGUUUGGCCACAAUCGGUCAACAAACCUCUUUCAGGUCAUCUUCGGCAUGUUUCUAUCGAGCGCAGGUACGGGUCGGAGAGUUCUCGAUGUCUGCAAUCAGAUGGGCCUCUCUAUGAUGCAAUGGUGUCUUCAAUCCCUUACACACAGUGCUCAAGCAAAUGCUGUCAAUUUUGUACACAAUUCAGACCGAAUUUUUGCCAUUGUAUAUAACAACAUAAACUUCACCCUACGCAAGGCAGGGCAGUGGAUUGACAAUACGACCAAGCAACUGAACGCAACAACGUCGGCAAUUUUGUUGCAACAUGCCCCGGGUCUUCGAAAGUCGUCAGGAAGGCGGAAACACUUAAUGAAGAAAACUCAUGAAAAUGAACCUCAGCUUCGAAUGCUUGGAGCAGAGAAGACAGUACUCUUUCCGCUGCCAGCCCUUGAUGAGGAGGAGGCCUCCGUGGGUGGAACCAUUCGGGUCGUCAUAAAACUCUUCACCGAUCUUCUCCGAAUGGCUAUCGAGGUCAUCAAAACAAAGCUACGGUUGCUGGUAAAAGACUGGUUGACUAUCCAGAACUUGCGGCUGAUGAGAGACGAGUGCUCGAAUGAGUUUAAUGUCUUCGAGAAGAUGGAUUGGGUCCAGGAGGCUUCCAUGCCUUUCCACUUUCAACUAAAUGCCAUGUACAUGCUUUUCUGUACUCACCUAGGCUACCCCAGGGAUAACGGCAGUAGCUCAUUAGGGCACCACCAAACGCUCCUCUGCCGUUCAAAGCUCGACCCCAAAAAACCUGAAUAUAACUUGGCAAGAGAGCUUGUAUUGGUGAGGGAGUUUGCAUCCACAGCAGCCGGACACAAUGCACUUGAAAAGGGUGAUGAAGUCCUCGCACACAGCAUAUUUAUCAUCCAAGACUCCCUCAUGUUCAUGGAAUUUGGUGAUGCAAUCAAUCAAGCCGAUUUUCUCUAUGAGUACAGUGCCGAGCUAUGCGAGAUUGUGGAACAUACUUGGCUGGUCAAUCGAUGGGAUGUAUGA